CGAACAGUACUGACCAAACUUUAUCGCAAUCGAGUGGUACUUCUCAGUGUUUUUGUGAUUUAUUUGUCCGAGAUUUUUAAUGCUGCUUAUUUUUUUCUGAGAUAACUAACUAUGGAAGAAUCACAAAUUAAAAAGUUUUACAAAGGAGCAAAUGUAUUCAUUACCGGAGGCACAGGAUUUAUGGGAAAAGCUUUGAUCGAAAAAAUACUCAGGGACACAGAAGUGGAAAGCAUUUACGUUUUGAUUCGAGAAAAGAAAGGGAAAACGGCACACAUGAGAAUAGAUUCGUUGUUUGACGAUGUGAUUUUUGAUCGCGUAAAAUCCCUAAAACCAAAGUGCAGAAAUAAAAUAGAAGCUAUUCCUGGAGACUGCUCGAUUGCAGGUUUAGGACUUUCCAUCACAGACAGACAAAAGCUGAUAUCCGACAUCAACAUAGUAUUGCACGUGGCAGCUACAGUUAAUUUUAACGAGCAGAUACAAUUGGCAUAUAACAUAAACGUAAAUGGAGUUAGGGAUGUAUUAAAUUUAUCAAGAGAAAUGAGAAAUCUCAAGUCUGUCGUUCAUGUAUCAACCGCAUACUCAAACUGCCAGCGAACGCAAAUUGACGAAAAAAUCUACGAUCAUCCCCUGAAAUGUUCCAGCAUCGAAGCUGUCCUGGAAAAAAUGACCGAACAUGAAACAAACAUGUGUACUAAACAAAUCUUGGGAGAUUGGCCAAACACUUACACGUUCACUAAAGCCUUGGCCGAAUCUGCAAUAAAAGAUUUGGCCGGUGACUUACCGAUUGGAAUUUUCAGACCUGGAAUUGUUGUCUCAACCUACAAAGAACCAGUGCCAGGUUGGAUAGACAAUCUUUACGGUCCCACUGGAGUAGCAGUUGGUACAAUUUCCGGAGUACUCAGAGUGUUUCCUUGCGAUCCACACAAAACUGCUGAGCUAGUACCAGUAGAUACUUGCGUUGCAGGUUUAGUGGCGGCUGCUUGGGAUGUUGCUGAGAGAAAAGAAGAAAGGUCGGCUGAAAAUAUCCCAGUCUACAACUACGUAUCGUCUCCAGAAAAUCCGAUUUCAUGGAUGGAAUUUGUAAAGCUAAACUACAUCCACGGGCCUAGAUAUACACCAUCAAAUGCCAUUUGGUACCCGUACAGCGUAAUAACUACAAAUCCAAUUUUUUAUUGGAUACUGAAGCUAGUCUUGCACAUUCUACCUGCUAUUUUUUUGGAUUUGGGCGCUUUAUUAACUGGAGGAAAAGCAAGGAUGUUAGGAUUGUACAAAAAAAUCCACACGUUUACGGAAGUCCUGCAGUGGUUCUCCACAAGAGAAUGGCAGUUUAGUAAUAAAAAUACACAAAACUUAUGGAGGAAAAUGAAUAAAACUGACCAAGAGCUGUUUCCGAUGAGCAUAACUACAGUAUCCUGGCUCAUAUUUUAUAGAAAUUAUGUUAAAGGUGUCAGGAAAUACUUGUUAAAGGAAUCUGAUUCCAGCUUGGUUGACUCAAGGGCUAAAACUAGGAGAUUCAGAAUAGCUCAUAAAACUCUUACAUUUAUUACCAUGGGAAUCGCAAGCACGUUUGUGUUUUCGUUAAUCAGCCGAAUGAUUAAUUUCAUUUUUGGUUAGUUAGUUUAUAUCAAAUUGUACUUUUAUAUUUUUGAUAUUAUAAGUAAUAACUAUUUGCCAUUGUCAAAACUUGUAUGUGUAUAAAGUAGGUGAACCAAUUAAUUGAAUAUUGUGAUAUUUGCUAAUUUUAUUAUGGGAUUGGGUUCAUGCAACCUUACAAUCGAUUAAAUAGUAUUAAGUUUAUACUUUGAUGAAAAAAAUAACAUGGUGAGUUAGCAAUAAUAUUGUUUGGGUUAACUUAUUGGUGAAAUUAGAUGUAAAAUAAUCACAUUUGAUGUUGACUGUAAUUGAUUUCUGUGUCUACUCGUGUGAAUCUGCUUUUUUUGCUCUGUCCUAAUAAAGCUUCUGUAUGUACAUAAUGGUAGAUUAAUAA